AUGAAUGAAGCUGGUCAGCAAUUACGAAUUCUUUAUCGAAAACCUGAAGACUGUGCGGUAGAAGUUCAAAUAAACAAUUUAGAUUAUUAUCAGGCCCCUCCUAAUGCGUUUGAUCGGAAAAUAAAUCCAGUUCAGCGGUCACUUAAUACAUUCCCUUCUGUUCCAGUUAUUAGAAUAUACGGAACCACAGCACAUGACCAACAUGUCAUGGUCCAUAUUCAUGGUGUAUUUCCCUAUCUCUAUAUUGAGUAUAAAGGUAGCUUGGUAGAAUAUGAAGGGUGCGGACUUCUACGACUAUCGGCUGCCUUAUUUCGCGGACCUUUAAACACAGAGAAUGGAGGAAUGGACUCUCAAUUUGCUUUGCAUGCUGAUGGUAUUUUUCAUGAAAAAAGUGUCAGUCCCAAUCUCAUUCUUCCUUCUUGUCACUUCCCUAAAAUGGCCACGUGUGCUCUUGAGCUUGAGGUUGGUGCUGGCCAAAUUCUUAACAGAAAAGAAAUUGUUGAAAGAAAUCUCCACCAUGAUUUCACUGAGGCUGUUAUUUCACAAAAUAAUCAUGAUCAAGAACAAAGUAAUACAACCAGCUUUAAAAGUGAUAAUUAUACUGGGAAUAUCAGCUAUGUGAACAGCUUAAAAGAAGUUUGGCUAGAUGAUUACCAGAGACGUCAUAUGGAAGGCGGCGGAACUUAUACACCUCCUCAAAAAUUGAAUCCACGCUUAGCUUGUUCAAAUGAAUUUGAGCAUUGGAAACGUGGCCGUGACUUGGAAAAAGAAGUUCAAGUUCGUAUUCAACAAUCUCAACAAGAAAACAAGGGGAGAAAAGUGACAUUUCAAAAUUUUAUUUCGCAAAAAGACUAUAUUUUUGCAGUACCUACAGCUUUGGAAACUGUUAAUGUGAUGUUUACUACUCUAGAUCUUGUUCUUACGAGAUUAGAAAAAUUGAAUUUGCUUUCUCCAGAAUUUAACAAAAAGGAAGAGUUUAAACCUAUGGAAGAAAUAAAUGAUAAUUCAUCAGAUGACUCUGGAGAAAAUGAACAUGUCAAAACGGAAGAAGUUGAAAAUAAAAAAAUUCAAAUCUUAAAAGAAGAUCAUAAACAAGAUUAUGAUGCCAAAAAAAAUUCAGAAAUUGCUAAAGCUGAUUGUAUACCAGAAACAAAUCCUUUUAUUUCGGGGUUUAAUUCAAAUGACAUAUUAUUUGGCUCGUUUGAAUCCAGCCUUCCUGAAAUUUUAAUGGCUAAAACAGAAACCCGAAAACGGGCAUUAGAUUCUGAAGAAAGCAUAUGCAAGUCAAAAGUUUUAUGCUCUUCUGUUAAAAAUAUAAUAACUUCUCAGUACACGAUUCCAAAAAAACUCACAUUUUCACAGGAACAAUUGUCAUUUACUACCAUUUCAGAAAAGCAAAAUCUUAAUCAAAUUUUAUCUGUUUUUCCGUCUUCAGGCAAAACUCUAGUUUUUAGCAUUAAACCUCCAACACAAAUAGAAGUUCAAACUAGUUGGAAAGAUUUUAAACUACCUGCUGAGUCCCCUCGUCAACCGUUUUAUGGAAAUCCAGCUGACGUUCCUAAACAUCCAAACGUGUUUUCUGGAGUAGAGUAUAACCUCAAAGGAAAUACUCUGCCUUUUUUACCUACUUUUAAGUUUUCUCCUAGCUUAAACCUAGAUGAGGUAUCAAAUGUUUUAAACAAAACGAAACUCAAGAUCACUGGAAAAGUUUUGAGAUAUAAUAUUAUACCCCCUUCAUUUUCUGAGGUUCAGAAAUGGGGGGAAGAACAAACUCGUUACAAGCCUGAUUGUCGAUCAUUUUAUUCUCAAAUUAAAGGUCCUACUCAAAAAAACAAAUAUGGCUUUAAAUAUGCUACCCAAAAGCGUAACGAGUUUCGCAAAGCAAGUGUUUCCAGCUCAAAAUAUUUGUCUUCUAUGACUUUGGAGCUUCAUAUUUCAACUCGCAAAGAUUUACACCCGGAUCCAGACAGGGAUCCAGUUUUGGCAGCGUUUUGGGGAUAUCAGUCAGAAUACAUUUCAGAAGAUUCUAUUGAAGGAUGCAUUUUUGUUUCAAAAACUAUAGACGAACAAAAAAAAAUUUCAUCAGCUCUAUCAAAAAUGUUAAUUACUAGAUUUGUUUCUACAGAAGUUGAUCUCAUUGAUGAGCUAAUCAAUACUGUUUUAGAUUACGAUCCUGAUAUUUUAUCUGGAUAUGAAAUAAAUUCGACUUCUUGGGGGUAUAUCAUUCAGCGUAGUCGUGCAAAAUAUGAAUAUGAUUUGUGUGAAAUGCUUAGCAGAGUGCUCGACAAGGCCAACGUUAAAGUUGGUGAUCGCUGGGGUUACACUCAUGCGUCAGCUAUUCGUAUAUCUGGUCGACAUAUGCUUAACAUUUGGCGUGUUCUCCGAAACGAAUUAAACCUAUUAAAAUAUACCAUGGAAAAUGUUGCAUUUCAUGUUCUUCACUAUCGUAUUCCUUUUUAUUCGUUUGAAUCAUUGACUCGAUUGUACAAUAGUACUUUGACAUCUGAAAAAGAAAUUACAAUUAACUACUAUAUUCAAAGAUUGAAAGUUUCAAUGGAUUUGAUAGAUUCUCAAGAAAUUGUUACUAGAACCUGUGAAGAAGCACGGAUUAUUGGAAUUGAUUUUUAUUCUGUUUUUUACCGAGGUUCACAGUACAAGGUGGAAUCCAUUCUCACACGUAUUGCCAAAGCUGAAAACUUUAUCAUGAUUUCUCCUAGCAAAAAACAGGUUGCCGAACAAAAUGCAAUUGAGUGUAUUCCACUUAUCCUUGAGCCUAAGACCAAUUUUUACACAUCUCCCGUUGUGGUACUUGAUUUUCAAUCUUUAUACCCGUCGGUCAUGAUUGCAUAUAAUUACUGUUAUUCAACAUGUUUAGGUCGUAUACAGAAUUGGCGUGGGAGAAACAAGCUAGGGGUUUCAGAUCUUAAGCUGCCUCAAGGUCUUUUAAGUUUACUUCAGCGCGACAAUAUAACUGUAGCUCCUAAUGGAAUGAUUUAUGUCAAGCCAAAUAUUCGUAAAUCUUUGCUGGCCAAGAUGUUGACAGAAUUUCUCGAUACCCGUGUGAUGGUCAAAAAUGGAAUGAAAACCAACAAAGAUAAUGCAGCUUUUCAAAAACUGAUGAAUAACAGACAGUUGGCUCUUAAGCUUAUUGCUAACGUUACAUACGGAUAUACUUCUGCAACAUACUCUGGCCGGAUGCCAUGUGUUGAAAUUGCAGAUAGUAUAGUACAGACAGGUCGAGAAUCUAUGGAACGUGCGAUUGAACAUAUUUGUGCCAAUCAUUCUAAAUGGGGAGCUGAUGUAAUUUACGGAGAUACUGAUAGUUUAUUUCUUCAUUUUGAUGGUCGCUCCAAAGAGGAUGCUUUUAUUCUUGGAAAUGAAAUUGCUGAUGAGAUCACAAAAAUGAACCCACAGCCCAUGAAACUUAAGUUUGAAAAGGUUUAUUGGCCUUGCAUUUUACAAACUAAAAAAAGAUAUGUUGGCUAUAUGUGGGAAUAUCCUGAUCAGAAAGUUCCAAUUUUUAAUGCCAAAGGUAUUGAGACAGUACGAAGAGAUGGUAUUCCGGCUCAGCAAAAAAUUGAAGAAAAAGCUCUUCAUGUUCUUUUUGAUACAUUUGACUUGUCUCAAGUCAAAGAAUAUUUACUAGCUCAGUUUACUAAAAUUCAAACUCGGCAAAUUCCAUUAUCAGAUUUAUGCUUUGCAAAAGAAGUACGUAUGGGUUCAUACCGUUCUAGACCUCCUCCGGGUGCAGUACUUAGCGCACGUCGUGCUGCUUAUGAUCCUUAUUCUGCUCCUCAAUACCGCGAGCGUGUUCCCUAUAUUGUUGUGUCUGGCCCAUCUGUUGCACGCAUUUCUGACCGUUGUGUGGCACCGGAAGAUGUUCUUGCCAGUGGUGGAACGCUUAUCCCAGACGUCGAGUAUUACGUUACACAUACACUUAUUCCUCCUCUUCAACGUUUGCUUUCUCUUGCCGGAGCAGAUGUGCGUCGUUGGUAUCAAGAAAUGCCCCGUAAAAGCCGUUUUGACGCAGCGCCCGCACUAAUAGGAGGUAUCCGAAGCUUUGUUCAAAAAGCUAUGUGCCGGUCUUGUGGUGAUAAAAUUGCACCUAUAAGUCCAGAUAACAUAAUUGAGAAUUUGUGCACAAGGUGCUGUCAAGAUUUAAGAAAUGUUUCUGUUAGACUGAUUAGCCGGGCGCAAAAACGAGAAAAAAAAGUUAAAGAUCUGGAUGCCAUUUGUCAAAGCUGUGCAAAUAUUUCUCCUGGUGUUUUUGUUGAAUGCAUUUCUAGUGAUUGUCCUAUUUACUACUCACGUGCGAAGGCAGUUUCUCAACACAAAGAUUCUUUGGAGAAUGACUGGCCUCUGAUCACUAAAAUUAAUGAUUGGUAA